AUGAAUUCAAUUAGCGCUGCUGUAAAUCAUGGCAUUAUUGGUCUUUGUGCAGGUGUUACGACUUAUGAAUGCUUAUGUAUAGUUGUUUGUGAAAGUGGUGGAAAUUAUAAUCUUUAUUUUACAUCCUUCAAUUAUGAUUGUGUUGGCGACGCAUUUCUAUCAACAAACAAAUGGAUAUAUGUUGUGCUUGUUUUCGACGCUGCUUCAUUAUCACGAAGUACCUAUAUCAAUGAGAAAUUGGAUGCAGCAGGAACACCCUUCCAAGGUACUCUCGAUAGCAUCACGACCGGUGAUGUAUGCACACUUGGUCCCAUGAGCAGAGACAACCAUUUUCAAGGAUGCACAGAUCAACUAAUCAUGAAUGAUCGAGCAAAAUCAAGCUACGAAAUCCUACAAGAAGCUACAUUAUCCAGAUGUGUUACUUUCUAUUCUGGCAUGUCAUCCGUUGAUCCAGGACCUAAUUCAUUGCCAGGUGCUGGUUAA